AUGGUUGAGGAUAACGCCAAAGCGGGGGCGCAAGGGCCUUCCGGCGACCAAAACAAUAACUCUGUGGAGGCGACGAUUGAGACGAGCGCCGGCUGCGGGGCGACGGAGUCUACCUGCAAUAACAACUGCGGGAACAGUGCUGAAAGCUCCGCCGUGACUGACGGAGUCGAGCGUGAGAAGUCAUUGGAGUACGCGGAGGAGCUCAUGGCUCGUGGUUCGAAAGCCGCCAAGGAGGGUGACUACGGCGAGGCCACCGAUUGCUACAGUCGUGCCCUAGAGAUUAGGGUUGCACACUUCGGUGAGCUUGCCCCUGAGUGCGUUAAUGCUUACUACAAAUUUGGAUGUGCUCUUUUGUACAAAGCUCAAGAGGAGGCUGACCCAUUGGGUUCUGUGCCCAAAAAAGAGGGUGCAUCUCAGGAUGAUUCCAAUGUAGAUGGCUCCACCAAAGUUGCACAUGCUGAAUCCUCUGCUGCCUCAGUCUCAAACAAACCAGAAGGUGGAAAUGAUAAUUGUUCAAAUGAAGCUCUAGAAAACAUUCAGUUUUCUGAAGAUGAAAAAGGAGAAGAAGGUGAGGAUGAAAGUGAUGAUGAAGAACUUGCUGAUGGUGAUGAGGAUGAAUCUGACCUGGACUUGGCAUGGAAGAUGCUAGAUGUUGCUCGGGCUAUUGUUGAGAAGCACUCAGGUGACACGAUGGAAAAGGUGGACAUACUGUCAGCCUUAGCUGAAGUAGCUCUAGAAAGAGAGGAUGUCGAAACUUCACUGAGUGACUACUCAAAAGCCCUUUCCAUUUUGGAGCGCCUGGUUGAACCUGACAGUCGGCUCAUAGCUGAGCUUAAUUUCAGGAUAUGCCUGUGUCUGGAAAUUGGUUCUAAACCAGAAGAAGCUAUUCCAUAUUGCCAAAAAGCUAUUUCUGUCUGCAAGUCCCGAGUCAAUCGACUUACAGAAGAAGCAAAGAACUUAUCAGGAUCAGCCGAAACAGAAACUGCUCUCGAGUCAGAGAAAACAAUUCAACCAUCUUUGAGUGCAUCUAUAUCAUCAAGUGACUCUCUAGCAGAGAAAGCAGCUGAGAUUGAGACACUCACUGGUCUAUGCAGUGAACUAGAGAAAAAACUUGAAGAUCUCCAGCAGCUUGUAUUGAACCCAAAAUCCAUCCUCUCUGACAUUCUUGGAAUAAUGUCCGCAAAGGCUAAGGCAGCCGAGAAAAGUGCUUUGCCAGCAGCAACGAGCUCCUCACAGCCAGUUUCUGCCGGAAGUACAACAUCUGCAGCAGUAAGCACCACCAACGGUACAAAUGGUGCUUCUGGAGUCACGCAUUUAGGUGUGGUGGGUAGAGGAGUGAAGAGGGUUGUGAUGAGCUCGACUAUGCAGGUGGGCCCCGCGAAGAAGCCGGCCUUUGAUGACCCGUCUAACAGUGGUGAUGGGAGUAGUGCUUAA